UAGCCCUCACGUGACCAAGAGCUGACGUGUGCAGAAGUCCUUCUUGUUCUGGUCGUUGUUCCCGUCUGAGUACCAGCUCCCCAGUGCCCUGAGGGCGAGCGGACCUGCGGCGGAGUGAAGGAGGAGGAGGGGAAGGAAAUUGUCCCGGAUCCCUGCAGUGGGUGCGAGCUUCUCCCGGGUUGCCAGUCUUUCGGUAGUUGCGGCACCACACCAGGCAAGGGGAGAGGAAAGAAAUUAACCCCGAUCGGUGAAGGUCGAUUUGAGGGUCUGCCGUAGCAGGUGGCACCACUUGAAGCGAGGGAGGAAGUUUCCGCGGAUCAGUAGAGAUCGCAGGGGUUGUUGGGCGUGGCUCACCUCCAGGGGAGGGAAGAAGGGGCUAUCUGCCUGUCUUGAGGAGGUCCACCUGCAGUAUCAGCUACUGUGGCCUUGAAGUGGCUGAAGAGGAUCACUCUCCACCGCCUCGCACCCAGGCCCAUAGCCCUCCUCCCCCAGCCUGAGUGACCAUUCUAUUCCUUGGUCCCUGCUCUUGUCAGGGACGAUUGCAUGGGCUACGCCAGGAAAGUAGGCUGGGUGACUGCGGGACUGGUGAUUGGGGCUGGUGCCUGCUAUUGCAUUUAUAGACUGACCCGGGGAAGAAAACAGAACAAGGAGAAAAUGGCUGAGGGUGGAUCUGGAGAUAUGGAUGAUGCUGGGGAUUGUCCUGGGGCCAGGUACAAUGACUGGUCUGAUGAUGAUGAUGACAACAGUGAGAACAAGGGUAUAGUAUGGUACCCACCUUGGGCCCGGAUUGGGACUGAGGCUGGGACCAGAGCUAGGGCCAGGGCCAGAGCCAGGGCUACCCGGGCUCGUAGAGCUGUCCAGAAACGGGCUUCCCCCAAUUCAGAUGAUACUGUUUUAUCCCCUCAAGAGCUGCAGAAAGUUCUUUGCUUGGUGGAGAUGUCUGAAAAGCCUUAUAUUCUGGAAGCAGCGUUAAUUGCUCUGGGUAACAAUGCUGCUUAUGCAUUUAACAGAGAUAUUAUUCGUGAUCUGGGUGGUCUCCCAAUUGUUGCAAAGAUUCUCAAUACUCGGGAUCCCAUCGUUAAGGAAAAGGCUUUAAUUGUCCUGAAUAACUUGAGUGUGAAUGCUGAAAAUCAGCGCAGGCUUAAGAUAUACAUGAAUCAAGUGUGUGAUGACACAAUCACUUCUCGCUUGAACUCAUCUGUGCAGCUGGCUGGACUAAGAUUGCUUACAAAUAUGACUGUUACUAAUGAGUAUCAGCACAUGCUUGCUAAUUCUAUUUCAGACUUUUUUCGUUUAUUUUCCACGGGAAAUGAGGAAACCAAACUUCAGGUUUUGAAACUCCUUUUGAAUUUGGCUGAAAAUCCAGCCAUGCCCAGAGAACUGCUCAGGGCCCAAGUACCAUCUUCCCUGGGUUCCCUCUUUAAUAAGAAGGAGAACAAAGAGGUUAUUCUUAAACUUCUGGUCAUAUUUGAGAACAUAAUUGACCAUUUUAAAUGGGAAGAAAAUGAACCUACUCAGAAUCAGUUCGGCGAAGGUUCGCUGUUUUUCUUUUUAAAAGAAUUUCAAGUGUGUGCUGAUAAGAUUCUGGGGAUAGAAAGUCACCAUGACUUUUUGGUGAAAGUAAAAGUUGGAAAAUUCAUGGCCAAAGUGACUGAACGUGUGAUCCCAAAGAGCCAGGAGUAACUUUUGAUUUUGUAGUGUAGAAGCAACACACAUUGUAAACUAUUCCUUUUCUCCACCUUGUUUAUAUGGCAAGGAUAUAUAUGUUUAUAUAUCCUUUCAGCUGCCAAUUUUGAAUAACGAAUAUCAUAUUGUAUCAUCAACACAGAUAUUAUCCGAGUUGAUCUUCAGGUUUAAGCUGGAUGAAUAUCACUACUUGUUCUGAAAACAUGUUUGUUGCUUUUUAUCUUGCUGCCUAGAUUGAAAUAUUUUUACUGUUUUCUCUGCAUAAGUGACAGUGAACCAAUUCAUCCUAAGUAAGCUCCCUCCCGUCAUUUGCAUUGACUUCAUUUGUGUAUCAUCAAUAAACUUGCGUGUUAAUGCUGGAAAGA